GCUGGCUUACGCGUUAUGCCGCCUGCUGUCAUGAACGACUUUGACGACGACGACGGAAUGCCUCCGCUCGUGGACAACCCCAUGCCCAUGCCGCCGCUAGUGGACAACCCGAGCCCGCCCAUGACGUUCACGUUCGCGGCGAACAUGUCGCCUCUCGCGUUCAACCCCGACUACGAGCCCGAGGAGCCCGCGACGCGUUUCGAGCUGCUCCCGGACGACGAUGUCUACUCGACCCCGCCCAGCUCGCCGGGGUUAGAGCGCACGUCCCACGCGAAGAAGCGCGACGCGGGGUACAUCCCGCGCCCGCCGAACGCGUUCAUCCUCUUCCGCUCCUCGUUCAUACGUGCCCAACACGUUACCGAGAAAAUCGAGGGAAACCGCAGCACGCUCUCGAAGAUCAUAGGCAAAUACUGGAAGGCGCUGCCUCGUGAGGAGAGAGAAGUAUGGGAGGAGAAGGCCGUCAGGGCUCAGGCAGAGCACCGCAGGAAAUAUCCUGACUGGCGAUUUAAGCCCGGCGCCAACGCUCUGGCCAAGGUCAAGGACGGGCCUAGAAAGCGCAAUAAUAGGAAGGGGAGGGGGGAGGCGGAAGAGGAAGAACGUUCCCGAGAGAAGAGGUGCGCAAAGAUAGCCGAUUUGCUCGCCGAGGGGAAGACGGGUGCGGAUUUGGAAGCGGCGAUCCGGGAGUACGACCUCGGCGCCGGAGCUAACGGUGGCAAGGGCAACUCUAAAGUUGCGGCGCGAACUCGGACUGGACAGGGAAAGCCGCUUCCGGCCGUGCAAGUCGUCGAUUCGUCCGUCAAGAGAGAGGACGUUGUGGACCACCAGAAUGUUGCUACCAGGAGAGCGUUUGAAGGCGAUCGCGCCUGCCAGACGCCUGAUCCCUUCGCGGAACGGUUCAGAGUGCCUCUGACGGCGAUGUUCAAGCGCUCUGCUUCUGCGCCCAUAUCGGAUGUUCGAGCCUCGCAGGACAACAGCAGCCCUUAUACGUACGAGGGCUCUCCGAUGCCCUCCUUCGACUGUCUCUCGCCAGUUUCGACCAUCGACGAUGACCACGAGGGUUCCGCACGUGGCCAGAAUGACGUUGCACUCGUCCGAAAUGUCAUCGAGACGCCUGCCUCACCUUUGCCUGCUCUCGGCCACAUGGCAGAGGAGAACGUCCUCUCAGGCUGGAGUGACGAUCUAGCUCCCUUCGAUGCCGCGAAUGGGGUGCAAGUCGGUCGGGAUGACGACUUCAAGCGCUUCACUGGUGAAAUUUCGCCUGAAGAUGGCCGUUUCACGCAGUCAUACAUCCAAGAUGACUUGACGUCGGGUGACUACCUGGCGAAUGAGGUGCAGGAUAAUUCACCUGCGCUCUCACCGUACUCUUCUUUACAAGGCUGGGCGGGCGACGCGGCGGUGGCGUGCGGUUUCGGGGGCCCGUACGCGCAGCCCCUCGGCCCUGUUAUUGUCACCGACAGCUAUGAGAGCUACCCGGGCUUCGCGUGCCAGGGAAUCGACACGCGCUUCCAGGCGUUUGCCGGCCAGGCGGCGUAUGUGGUUCCCAGCGGGUAUGAAUAUUACAAGCCUCAGGCUCCUCUGGACUUCGACGACGGUUUCUAUGGGACCCCAAUGAAGUUCAAGAACACGGUUUAUCAGUGAACCGAAUGUUGCUUCGACAUUGUCCCUGAUUUCAACUCAACUUAGGCUCUCCGCAUCUUUUUGGCGGCAAUACACGAAUGCCUUCUCCGCUCACCGCUCACGACGUAACCACGAAUCGUCUUAUGCUUCAUGCUUGUAUGUUUCCCCUUGUAAACCAUGCCUUUCUCUUCUCAUUUCAUUACUGGCUUCGACUGGACCAUUGUGCGAUCGUGACUGCAGGUCUCGACGGUCGGAGCGCAGUUGUACGAACAGAAAUUUGUAAAAUUGGGUGGAAUGUCUGGAGCCAUGUUGUACCAUCCUGUAUGCUUACUCCCUCUUGCCUCGGCCAUAUACGGUGCCUUUCAUAC